UAAAUGGAGCCUACUGCUCAGAGAAAGAUGAAAGCUCUGAGUUGGGCGAUGCCGAUGGCACCCUAAUGCGCUGUGGGCAGAGCCUACCCCUGCCAGCGGGGGGCCUUUCACAAGGGCUCUACCCCCCAAGCCUUCACUGCAGCAGACCAGCACCUGAACUUCUUCUGCAGAAUGGCCCUCACCAUGAAAGCAGAAGCACUUCUGCCUUCCAGAGGGCCCUGCCUGGAGCCCCAGACGGCCUUGGCUGCAGUGCCAACAUGGUUCACUCUUCUGCCCCUUACUCAAUUAAACAGGAGAGCUCAACUGGACACAGAACCUCCAAUGCCCGAGGCCUGCCACAGUCUGUGUUUCAGGCCUGUAGGGCAGGUCAAACUAUGGAGGCAUCAAGGGAUGACAUUGCAGCAGCCCUGCAUAUUAGCAGUAAUGGAAAUGGCGGAUGCACAGUGAGCUGUGCAGGUAGUGCUGUGUCAGGAGAUGCAGUGCAACCUUUUAAUAAUGGAGAUGACUCCUCCCCACUGGCUUUGUCCCCAACUAGCUCCCAUCAUUCAGCGCGGCUACUCAUCGCUAGCAGUGUGAAGAGGCGCUGCCUGUCCCUGGCCUCACAGUCCACUACCGCUGCUGGCACAGGCGGUGUCACCGCAACAAGUUCCCCAUCAGCCAUUGGCACUCCCUCCAAGGAAAUCAAUAUCACUGCAGCCAUCGGGUCCUCCACCCACAUGUCGACAGUUGCAUGCGUCAACGGGUUCCGAACUAACCUCUCACCCAGCAACGCUAGUAGCGCCGGCUUCUCUUCGUCAUCCUCCUCCUCGUCUUCUACCUCCCCACCCUCUCUCACCUGCCAGCGGGAAGCCCCUCGGAGGCCCCCACGUCACAGCAGCCCCCAGCAAGGAGCGCUACAGGAGAGCUGUCAGCUAUCCUCACCUGCGACCUGCCUCUUGUCCCUGUCAGUCUCCUCCUCCUCAUCUUCUUCUUCAGGGUCAUUAGUGGAGCCAGAGACAGGCCUUGGGCAGAGCCUUGGGCUUUGUGAGGAGCAAGUCUCCAUGCUACGGGGACUUGGGUCUGGAGGAACAGCUGAGGAAGGUGAAGAAAGAGGUUUGGACGGUUUGGGACUACUGAUGAGUGGGACCUUUAUGUCUGGAACUUUAACCUCCGGUUCCGAAGCUGGCUGCCUGUUGGAUGAUGGUCAAAGAUGUGGGGCAGCUCUUAAGCAGGAACCUCUUGAUGAUUUCUCUCCAACUGGAGACGAAAUCUUUCAGCAUCAUUAUCACCACCAUCAUCACCUGAGUGGCCGCAGUGGGUACCAUCGUCACUCUCACCACCCGUCCCGAUCAGCUAUGCCUCCUCCCUAUCACCUGCACCAAUAUCCGGGCCCCACUCCCGGGGGGCACCUUCAGCACCAGAGCCAACAGUCGGCACAAGCCUCCCCCCUCGGACUAAAACAAACUCCUGGACCCCCAACUGCGUCCAACACAACCUCAGAGCGGGAAGAAGUCAGAGGAGGAGAACAGACUGAAAAGCAGGUGUGUCGCUGGAUCGACUGCAGCGCCGCUUAUGAGCAGCAGGAGGAGCUUGUUAGGCACAUUGAGAAAGUCCACAUUGACCAGAGAAAAGGGGAGGACUUUACCUGUUUCUGGGCUGGCUGCAUUCGGCGUUACAAGCCUUUCAACGCCCGCUACAAGCUGCUGAUUCACAUGAGGGUCCACUCUGGUGAGAAACCCAACAAGUGCAUGUUUGAGGGCUGUAACAAAGCCUUCUCUCGCCUGGAAAACCUGAAGAUCCACCUGAGGAGCCACACAGGCGAGAAGCCGUACCUCUGCCAGCAUCCAGGUUGCCAGAAAGCUUUCAGCAACUCCAGCGACAGAGCCAAGCAUCAGCGCACUCACCUAGACACGAAACCAUAUGCAUGUCAAAUCUCUGGCUGCACUAAGCGCUACACGGAUCCCAGUUCUCUGCGCAAACAUGUCAAAAUCCACUCAGCCAAAGAGCAACAGGUGCAUAAGAAGCUGCGGCCCUGCCCACACCUGGAGCAAGAUAUCAUGAGUGACUGUCUCUCCCUGCAGCAGCUCCAGAGCUCCACUUCCUCACAUCACCUCUACAACGGCAAAGAUGGUCGUUCUCCUGCACUGUGUCCAGACAUCUUUACAGGCCUGUAUGCUGGCUCCAGCAACCCCCAUCAGAGCGCCUCGAUGGAGCUCCUCUCUCAUACCCCCAACCCUGCCUCCGUCACCGACCUGCCCUCCCGACAGCACCGCGGCAGUCCUCAUCACCUGUCCCCUCAGGCAUCUGUGGAUGGAGCAAGGGACGGCAGGGUGUCAGGCCCUCUUCUGUCUCCGGGUUUAAAGGCAACUGGGACUCCUCCUCCUCUGUCACAGGAGAAACAACAUGGUCACCCUCACCACAAGCCUUACCCACAUUACCACCAUCAUCAGGCUGCCUCUGAUGAAUACCAAGCCAGCUUUCAGAGCUGCUUCCAUUUUGGAGACUCCUAUAGGGUGGAGCAACCAGUCAGCGGCGUCCACGUCCCAGGAGAUGCUCACACCUAUUCCCCCCAUCAACACAAUGGCUUUCACAUGUCAACCAGCAACACUGGACCUACAGGAUUUAGCGUUACCCAGGAGCUGCAGGGGGGUGCAGGGUGCCAGUAUUCCUCCAGCCCAGACGACAGCAUCUUCUUCCAGGUUGGCAGCUUUGACCGCAGCUUGAGCCACAUGUCAUCAGUCUACACGGAAACAUAAGAGGCGAGCCGGAGCAGGGAAGGCUUCACUACUCCCACUGAACGCAUCUCCACCUCCUGUUUUUAUUUAUGUGUUUUUCAUAUCAAUACCUACUUUUCAUCAUUUUGACUUUUGCACCACACAAACCAGCUGAAUAAAAAAGUUUCACCAUUUCCCUUAAACAUUUUUGCCCUCAUUGUAAGGUAUAAUAAAAGCCUUUUGGGUUCUUUACAGGAUACACUGCUUAUAAAACCCUGCAAUAGUAUUCAUACCCCUAAAACCUAUCCCCAUUUUCUCAUGGUACAACAUCAGACAGUUUUUUGUGUGGAUUUUAUGUUUAAGACUGAGACAUAGUAAUGCAUAGCUAAUAACAUAUGCGAGGCAUGCUGUUGUCAUCAACCUUUUAUCCUGAUACACAUACUUAAAGUAUAUUUCUCCCAUUUCCAAGAAGGUCCAGACCCAAACCUUUUGGAGAAUUUAGUACAAAGAUAACCUCUGGCCUAAAGGCUUUAUUCUGUGGCAGUAAAUUAACACUUUGCAUAGCCUCAAGCACACCAUCCCUAUCAUGAAGCACAGUAGUGGGGGCAUUAUGAUGUGAAGAUGCUCAUCAUCAUGGCCAGGGAAGUUUGUUAAAGUUGAUGGAUCAUGAAGGGAACAGAAUCCUGUUAGAGGCGCAAAGAGAUUCAAAACUGGGGCAGAGAUUCACCUUACAGCAGGGCCACCCUAAACUGAGAACCAUAAAAGUAACAUAAUGGUUUAGACCAAAGUUUUUUUAUGUCUUACGAUGGUCAAAGUUCUCAGCUAAAUCUAAUAGAGAAACGUUGGUAAAUCCUGAAUAGAAGUGGUUCACAGAACUUCACCUCAAACUUAAAAAAAGAACAUAUUACACCAAGAGUUGUACCAAUGACUGUAGAAAGUGCUCCAACGGUUAGUGAUUUUAGGUUUACGCAUUACAGAAGACUGUCACACUUUUCUGAUUAGAUAUUUGAAA